AUGCGCAGCCUCCCGCUCGACCUGCCGCUCUCCCUUGACAGACUCAACGCGGAGCUCAAGAAGAUUGGCGAUGCGGCGCAGCACGCCGUCGAGAGCCAGAUCAACGAAUUCAAGGCCGAGGCGGAGAAGGCCGAGGCGGAUGUCGGGUUGUGGAAGCAAGAGGGCGCGUUGGCGGCCGCCGCUUCCUCCUCCUCCGCGGCGGCACCCGCGAGCGGCGCCUCGGCACUCGAGGCGGACGUGGAGGCGGCGAUCGCAGCGUCCCGCUGCAGAUCACCGCCUCGGCCGGCGGCUGGCGACGACGGCGAAGACUCUGCCGCGGGUAGCGCCACCCUCUCUCCGAGUGGUGCGGCGGCGGCCGCCGGCGUGCUGCCUCCGUCGCUGCCGGCGCAGCCGCUCUGCGCGCCCACCAAGGCGGCGCUCUUCUGCGCGGCGAUGCCUCCGCCCCUCUCUCCCUCGAGCCUGCAGGCCGUCGCGGCGGCGAGGAGGGCGGCCAACGCGCGCGUUGAGUCGGCGGGGGGUGGUGGCGGCGGCAGCGCUCAAGGAGGAGCAUUGUGA